UACAUACAAAACAUGUGAUCAUCUUUCACAAAUAUUUGUUCUGAACCGUUAUUCCGUUUUCUGUGCUCCAUCAAAUUCUGUAAACUGAAAACUGAAAACUCAGAGACACAAUUAUUAAACCCACCGUAGCUUAUAACUGGCUGUGGUGCGUUUAAGUGACUGUGAGGGCUACUCGCCUACCGUAAAGAUCAGAAUAGAGGGGCAGUCACAGGGGCUGCCAGCAGGAAAUGCGAUGGUAGACUGCGUGGUUCCUUGAAUCCGUCAAACAAGAAGUCAGACAGCGUGACUGACCAGGGCUGUUACAAAAGUCGUAUUAAUUUAGGCUAUCUUAAACGACUGGCCUGUAGAGACUGUAAGGAAGUUCGAAAAAACGCUGUAAGUGAUUAAAGUUUUCUGCGUAUCCUGCGAAUGUGUAAAAAAUGGAUGGGUUUAUGAAAGAAUACGGAUGUCAAGCCCCUGGCAAAUGACAGACCAAAGAUGAGUGUGUGUGGGAAGGUUGAGGAAGCCAGAGCGACGUCUCCGGUACCCAGCUGUCUGUCCCUGAAGAGUGACCAGUCCAAGGACAUUCCUCUUGCCUUCAGAAAUAAACAGGGACUGUUCAACACAAAACCAGAGAUAAGAUGGAGGGAUGAGGAGGGCACAGAAGAGUCUGUAGCAUCCAGCUGUCUGUCUCUGAAGAGUGACCAGUCCAGAGAUAUUCCUCUCACCUUCAGCAAUGAACCUGGGCUGUCCUACAAAGACAGGAAAAGGACUAGUGGCGUUAUCGGGGACCAGCUGUCAUGCUGUGGUUUGUGCCAGGAGAGCCUGAGGGAUCCAGGGUCUGUCAUCUGUGGACGCUGCUUCUGCAGGCAAUGCAUUUCCUGGGAAGAAUGUAAAUCAACAGGAGAUUUCCCGUGUUGUCAGUAUGCAAAAAGAUCCAGAAAAAGUGCUGAGCUGCAGACACCCAGUCAGAACAGCACUGAAACAAUCGCUGGAAGUCUGCAGGAGGUUUUAGACAAUCAUAAGAUUAGUCUCAAAGCAAGAUGUGAAUUUGCAAAAGAGGGAAUUGCUGAAGCAGGAUCUCAGACCCUCCUGAACAGGAUCUACACUGAGCUUUACAUCACAGAAGGACAGUGUGAAGGAAUUAACAUCCAACAUGAAGUAUGGCAGCUUGAGACAAUAUCCAAAAUGGAGACCCUGCAUGGCACUCCAGUCAAAUGCAAGGACAUUUUUAAGGUCUUCCCUGGCCAAAAGAGAUUCAUCAGAGUAGUUCUGACAAAUGGCAUUGCAGGCAUCGGAAAAACCUUCUCAGUGCAAAAGUUUACACUUGACUGGGCAGAAGGCCUGGAAAAUCAAGAUAUCAGCCUUGUGAUUCUGCUUUCGUUCCGGGAGCUGAACCUGAUCAAGGAGGAGCAGUACAGCCUUCUGAGGCUGCUUCACGAUUUUCACCCGACACUACACACACUCACAGCAGACAGGCUUGUUCUAUGUAAAGUUUUAUUAAUCUUUGAUGGCCUGGAUGAAAGCAGGCUUUUGUUGGAUUUCCAGAGCAAUGAGGUGGUGUCUGAUGUCACCCAGACAUCAUCAGUCAAUGUGCUGUUGACAAACCUCAUCAAGGGGAACCUGCUUCCUUCAGCUCUGCUUUGGAUAACUUCCAGACCCGCCGCAGCCAAUCAGAUCCCUCCUUCAUAUGUUGAUAGGGUAACAGAAGUAAGAGGAUUCACUGACACUCAGAAGGAGGAAUACUUCAGGAGGAGGUUCAGUGAUGAGUCAAAGUCCAGCAGAAUCAUCUCACAUGUGAAGGCAUCCAGGAGCCUCUACAUUAUGUGUCACAUACCAGUUUUCUGUUGGAUCACCGCUACAGUUCUGGAGCACAUGUUGGUUACAUACAUACAAGAGCUGCCCAAGACUCUGACUGAGAUGUACACACACUUUCUGCUGGUUCAGUCCAAGAGGAAAACACACAAGUAUAAUGGACAUGAAAUGACUCUAAAGGAAUUGAUGCAGCUUGAUUUGGAAGUCCUUUUGAAAUUGGGGAGACUUGCAUUUGAACAUCUUGAAAAAGGGAACAUCAUGUUCUACCAAGAGGACUUGGAGCGAUGUGGUCUUGAUGUCACACAAGCCUUAGUUUUCUCCGGACUGUGCACAGAGAUCUUCAAACAGGAGUGUGUACUCUUUCAAAAAACAAUUUACUGCUUUGUGCAUUUAAGUAUUCAGGAGUUUCUUGCUGCUGUCUACAUGGUCCACUGUUACCAGAACAAGAACAUGGAAGUUCUGGUGACAUUCUUGAAAGAGGACUGGAAUGGAAACAGCAGUGACCCAGUUCUGGAUAACUUCCUCAGUAAAGUUGUGGCUAAAUCUCUGAACAGUGGAAAUGGCCACCUGGACCUGUUUGUUCGCUUCCUUCAUGGCCUGUUAUCGGAGUCCAACCAUCGUCUCUUAGGAGAUCUGUUGGGUUGGCCCGCAAGCAGUCCGGAAAGCAUCCAGAGAGCAAUAAACAACCUGAAGAAGAUGAAUGCUUACGAUAUCUCUCCAGACAGAAGCAUCAACAUCUUCCACUGUUUGAUGGAGAUGAGUGACCACUCAGUGCAUCGGGAGAUCCAAGAGUACCUGCAGUCCGAUAACAGAUCAGAGAGGAAACUCACAAAGACCCAUUGCUCUGCUCUGGCCUACAUGCUACAGAUGUCAGAGGAGGUUCUAGAUGUGUUGGACCUGAAGAAGUACAACUCAUCAGGUGAUGGAAGACGGAGAUUACUCCCAGCUGUGAGAAACUGCAGAGAAGCUCGACUCUCUGCCUGUGGACUCUCUGAGUGGCAUUGUGAAAUUCUGUCCUCCGCUCUGAUGUCCAACCCCUCUCAUUUACGAGAACUGGACCUCAGUGAAAAUGACUAUCUGCUGGAUUCAGGAGUGAAGCUGCUGUCUGUUGGGCUGGAGAGUCCAAACUGUAGGCUGCAGGUUCUAAGAUUGAAGAACUGCAGUUUGUCAGAAGAUUGUUGUGAGCCUCUGGCAUCAGCGCUGAAAUCCUCCGCUUCCUCUCUGAGAGUGCUGGACCUAAGUAACAACAACUAUCUUAAGGAUUCAGGGGUGAAGCUUCUGUGUGCUGGACUGGAGAGUCCAAACUGCAGACUGGAGACUCUGAGAUUAAGUUGCUGCAGGCUGUCAGAAAUCGGCUGUGCACAUCUGGCCUCUGCUAUGAAGUUGAACCCCUUCCAUUUGACAGAGCUCGACCUUAGUAGAAACAAACUGAAGGAUUUGGGAGUAAAUCUGCUGUCUGAUGCACUGGGGAGUCCACAAAGCAAAAUGAAGUUUCUGAGGAUUGAUAGCUGUGGGCUCACAGAGAACUGCUGUACUGCUCUGGCCUCAGCUCUCAGGUCCAACCCCUCCAGCCUGAGACAGUUGGAACUGAGUAAUAACGAUCUGCAGGAUUUGGGAGUGAAGCUGCUGUGUGCAGGGCUGGAGAGUCCACACUGUAGACUUGAAGCCUUGAGAGUGAGGGGAUGCUGGUUGUCAGAGAGCUGCUGUGCUUCUCUGGCUUCAGCUGUAAUGUCAAACCCCUCCAGCUUGAGAGAGCUGGACCUGAGUGACAAUGACCUCCAAGACUCAGGAGUGAAGCUGCUAGCUGCUGAAUUGGAGAGUCCACAUUGUAGACUAGAGAUUCUGAGGUUGAGACACUGUCGGGUCACAGAUGAAGGCUGUGUCUUUCUGGCAUCAGCUCUGAAGUCCAACCCAUCCUAUCUGCAAGAGCUGGACCUGAGCAAAAACAACCUGCAGCUAUCAGGGGUGAAGCUGCUGUCUGACGCCCUGAAGAAUCCACAGUUUAGACUGGAAACUCUUUGAAUUGAAGAAACGGACCCCCGACUGACUAAAAUGCAUCUCAUCACUGGAUGUGAUGUGUUGCUGACUCUGGGGCUGCCAUGAUCACCAAAUCACUGGAAAAACCAGACUUGUGUCUUCGUAUAAUCAGAAAUAGGACAGAACACUUACCUCGCAGUAUAAAAUUCUUUUUUCUUGCUUCAAGAAGCCAUGGUCAUCUCAGAUUCCUUGAAGUGCAAUGCCACAGGCCUUGAAUAUGACUUCACAAGGCAUUUUUGUGGUUAUAAGAUGGUGAUAAAACAUCUUUGCGCGUCAUGGGUGCUCUGCUCAUAGUUGUUACAUGCUUGCUCACUUUCUGGUGGAGAAUGAGCUAAUGAAAAGACUGAGUGUCCUGAUCUGAUUUAAUUCUUUCCAAUCAGAUAAGUAAAUGUGAAGUCUUCUUAACAUUCUGACACCAAAAUUGCUCUGCUUUAGCAACACUCAUGAGAUCUGUAGUGAACAGAUAGGGGAUAAAAAAUGAGCUUCAAAAAUGUUGUGUUGUUUAGACAUGGGCAAGCAGUAGUCCUCAUUGUGUUAAAAUGUUAUUGUGAAGAAAAUACUCAGGGGGUAUGAAGGCAGAGGCCACCAUGCCCGCUGAGGAUACAGGAAGUGUUCACCAUUUCAUACCACUGGACAGCUUAUAAUGGGCUACCUUUGUUGUGCUGGGAAAUCUUUGUUAAAAUCUCUUAGGUGUGAUAACAAAUGUCUGACUGGAACAUGUUUCUGCUUACUGAAAAUAUUUCUCCUGUUCAAACUGGCCAUGAAAAUAUCCCCUUCUAUUGCACCUUUAAUGUAAGAAAGAGAAUCCACAGUCCUUGUUUUGUUCAAAGUUUUAUUUAAAGCUUAUCUGAGGAGACCUCUUUUACUUAGUGUUUUAGCACAAAAUUCCCUUUUUGUUACCACACCCCCCCUGCAGCUCAACAUUAAGACACUCUCAAGGUAAGACAAAGAGACAUUUUUAUAUUAAAGACAGAUAUAUUAUUCUUAAUAAUUAUACUCGUUUUAAAAGAUUUUGAUUCAUUUUAGUGCACUACAAUAUCUUUUAUAGAAGUAUUGCAUUACUACUGCCUGUUUCCUUAUGAUCUGCCAUGCAUAUACAGACUUGGGAAGUUGUUCUCAUGUAUUCAUAGUUUUUAUACUGCAAUAACACACACACACUGAAUGCCUCUGUGGCCUUGUUGUAUGUGGAAAAACAACUGUAAAUUAAAGUUUAAAUGGUUUGCAUGA